UUUUUUUUUACAGCCGCUAAGAAACACGAUGCUGCAAAGCUGGUCUUCGCCAAGGUUCCGGAAGAUUCCAUGCGGGAAAUUUACCGGCAGUGGGAGGAGCAUGGAAUGAACAUGCCGCUGCCUGCCGAGGACGAGAACGCCAUCCGAGAGCACCUGUGUGUCCGAGCUUACCUGGAAGCUCAUGAAGCCUUUAAUGACUGGUUCAGACACAUGAGUUCGCCCCCUGUGAAGCCCACCCCACCCACCCAGGCCAACUUCAAAGAGACCGUCGCCUACGAGAUGAAGGAGAAGGACUACAAGUCCGAUUAUGAGAAAUGGCAGGGACGGCUGGAUGCUCUGACUGAGGAGGUGAAAGAGAGAAUCUACAACGUCCUGCUGUUUGUGGACGGAGGCUGGAUGGUGGAUGUCCGAGAGGAUGCAGACGUGGACUCAGAACGCUCCAUACAGAUGUCUCUGCUGCGCCGCUUGUGUUUGCCCAUCAUGACGUUCCUGCUGCUGACGGUGCUGCAGAGAACCGAGCGUCACCAGGAGAGUCUUCGCCUCGCUGACAUCAUCACCUCCGACCAGCACCGACUUUAUGAGGUGUUCUCUAAAGACGAGCUGCAGAAGUUUCUCCAGAAGAUGAGGGAGUCGUCUCUGCUGUUGUUGGAUAAAGGGCUCGAUCCUCUGGGCUAUGAGCUCCAGUCCUAAAAAAAAAGCUGGAGUGUUUUUUUGUUUUCUAUUUUGUACUGAAAUAAAUGUGUGUGAUCUUCAUGA